UUGAAGAAGAAAUACAUGUGAACACUUAGACGAAAAAAUAUCRGUUACUUUCGUCAAAAACUUCAUUUUAAUUACCACUUCCUGUAAAUUGAUUUAAACAGUAUCUUUCCAAGAUGUCMGAACGAAAAGUCUUAAAUAAAUAUUAUCCACCUGAUUUUGAUCCAACAAAAAUCCCAAAGUUAAAGCUUGCUAAAGACAGACAGUAUGUUGUUAGAUUGAUGGCUCCAUUCAAUAUGAGGUGCACAACAUGUGGGGAAUAUAUUUAUAAAGGAAAAAAGUUCAAUGCAAGGAAGGAAACUGUUCAAGGAGAGACCUACCUAGGACUGUACAUAUUCAGAUUUUAUAUAAGAUGUCCAAAAUGCAUAUCAGAAAUCACUUUCAAGACAGAUCCUGAAAAUACAGAUUAUGUCUGUGAAAAAGGUGCAACGAGAAAUUUCCAGGCUCAACUCAUGUUAGAAAGACAAGAAGAGGCAGCCAAGCAAGAAAGAGAAGAUGAAGAGCUGAACAACCCCAUGAAAGCUCUUGAGAAUAGGACCAAGGAGUCUAAACAGGAAAUGGACAUUCUUGAAAAGCUUGAAGAACUCCGAGACUUAAACACACGGCAUGCUGAUGUAAACUAUGAAUCCAUGUUGGAAAUCUAUCGAAAAUAUGAAGAAGACAUGAAGGUUAAAGAAGAAGAAGAAGAUGAAGCACUUGUCAGCUCUAUUUUUGGCUCYAAUAAAAUCCAGAGGAGGUUGAGUGAUAGUGACAGUGAUGAUGACAACCAAGAUAAACCAACAASUACUAAAACAACUGUUGGUAAAAAAAGAGCUACAGAUGUAUUGACAGAGGUAACAACACCAAACUUACUUUAUUAUUUACUGAUACAGUUGAACCUCUAUUUAGCCUUCACCCUCCACUCUUGA